CCUAUGUAUGUGUCCAUCCUAUCUAUCUCACUCGACAGACACCGUCAGUCAGUCAAUCGAACGUCACGUCAGCCACGAACGGGUCCAGGAGGCGGCAUAGGUCCGCCACCGACAGCAACAGCUUCAGAUCGACCUCACCACCCCCCAGCCACAGAACAGGCGGCCUCAGCUGCAUGAUGCGACGCGACACGAUCACAGGGAUGCUGCACACACACAUGCACACAGAGACACAACCAGGCAGGGAGAGAAGCCUCAGUGCAAUGCAGUUUGUGUGUGUGGUGAUGUCGGCCAUGCUUACGGGUGCUGCAUGACGAAUGGUGUGGUUGCGUUGCGCACAUAGCCCGUUAGCUUGGCCGCCACCUAAGUCACAGCCGGCCAGGCCACAUCAGACUGACGUGUAGUAUUAAUCGGCUAGUGCAGUGCAUGGAGCGAAUGUUGUUUGUCCCACCUCUUCGUCGGCAAAGACAAAGUUGAGCCGCUUGUUGCCCAUCUCGCCUGCAGGCAGGCAGGCAGGCAGGCAGGCAAUGACGUGCAAGGAUGACAAGACAAACAAGGGUCACAAGUCGCAUCAUCACUGUGUGGCACCUAGCGACCCUAGCCUACCUGGCGGGUGCAUCGAUUUGACGAAGUCCUUGACCCUACCCUUGUUCAGCUUGGCCGUGUACUGGAUGACCACGGCAUAGAAUCGACUGUUCUUCGCGUCAUCCACACCUGCACAAAAGCCGGAAACGAACACACAAAUGCCAUCAUUCCGUCCGUCAGUCAGGACAAGUCUUACCGGCAUGGUGUGAGUUCUCGAUUAUGACGGUCUUGCAGAGGUGGUCGACGGACGGUGCGCUCAGGCAGUCUGCCCGCCACUGCAAAGGUUGGUCGUAGUAGAAAGGCGGCACACGGCGCAGCUCACAUGAUACCCCCUCAGCAGCGAAGUAUCCCUCCAGCCUCUCUUGGACGGCACUCUUCGCCACACUAACAGAAGGCACGUUUGCCGUCGUCCCGCCCUCCUCUGUCGUCCCACAGACGGCAGACGACCAGCUCUCGAUGGCCCUCUUGACCGUCGGAUGCUCGUGAAUGGCCUCCAGCCACUGACCCAGCCCGUCGACCGAUGACGACUCAAAAACGCCGUCAUCGUCCAGCGCAGAGGGCCAGCUGCGGAGCACGACGAAGAAGGGCGCAAACACGAACAGGUCCGAGAGGUUGAGGGAUGGUGAUGACGCAAGGGGGGCGGCCGUGGGGGGAUGCAUGUCGGCCAGACGCGCCAGGUGUUGGUCGAGCAGCCGCUGUCCCAAAUACGUGCUCUCAGCUGCCUCGAGGGCGCGAAGCAGGGCACGGAAGCGGCCCCGGUUGUCUGGCCGACUCUGCAUGGACUUGCCGCUUGCGAUCUCCCGGGCCGCCCUUAGAAUCUUCAUCAGAUAAGGCUGCAGCACGCCGACUGACCACUCCAUGACCUCCAUCUCUCUCGCAGCAUCAUCCGCGGGUGGAAUGCGGCCGCCGUCGAGGCCAUUGAGCCUCUGACACACCAGCGCCAGGCUUACAUCGUCCCAGAUCUGGAUGACCGGGUGCCGCAUCUCAUAGCGCGAUGCUGGAGGGCUCUUCUUGUGGGCGAGGGAGCAGAUGUGAGCACUGAGGGCGGUGAAUGCAUCAAAGACAGUAGUAACGAAGCUGGUGGCGGGAAUGUGGAUGCCGUAGAGAUGCGCCGCAGCAAGGCCCCGAAAUAGCUUCAGCAGGGCUGUUGACUGCUCCAGGGCGCCUGCUGGCAUCGCCUCAUCCAUCCCGAGAUUUGCAAGCUCAUUUGCGAGCUGAGAUUGCGGACUUUCCGACGACAAAAGGAACGAAGGAGUCGUUGAGAAAACCGCAUAGUACAGGUUGGCGAGCGCAGAACACGAAGAGAUCCAGUGCAU